GCCAGCCCAAUGAGGCAGUGCAACACACGGCUCGCGCGAGAAUCACGACCACCGCCUCCCGACGCGCGCGCUUCUCCGAUCCUGUCAGCGUCAGUCAUCCGCCGCGUCCGUGGAGCUCGGAGUGUGGAAGAAGCUGAAGAGCGCCUGUCUUUCCUCCUCCUCCUCCUUCCCUCGUGUACUCUGAGGCGGCCUCGCUCUGUCCCAGCUGACCCGUCUCUGUCCGGACGCUGCUCGCCUCUCUGAGAGCGGAUUUCUUGGAUGAAGUUUUGGAGAGGGACCUGUUUGAGGAGACCGCGGGAUCACGCGAUAAAGCUGAAGCGGAAACUCCUUAGAAGAACAAGUCAGUGGACAGAAGAGGAGGCUGCAGCGCUCUGGACGCGUCUCUUAUUUUCUGUUUGUUUCCCCUUUAUAAUCCUACUACUGGUCAGCGUCCGUCUGGACAGCUAUUGUGCGCACAUGCACGUGCUGCCCAUUUAAAACGCCGUCCGUGCAUCUGAGAAGCGCAUUGAUUGUGUUGCGGCACAGCAUGGACGAGACCCACAUCAUGCAGUCCCUCGUCGGCGUGACCCUGAGCCGCGCGGUGCACGGGGGCAUGGCUCUGGCGCCUUCGCUCGACCACCAGGGCUCGGAGGACGACGGAAGAAAGCAGGACAUCGGGGACAUCCUCCACCAAAUAAUGGGCAUCACGGACCAAAGCCUGGACGAAGCGCAAGCGAAAAAACAUGGCCUAAACUGUCACAGAAUGAAGCCAGCUCUGUUCAGCGUGCUCUGUGAAAUCAAAGAGAAAACCGGUCUUAGUAUCCGUGGUGUCCAUGAAGACGAGGCUCCUGACCCUCAGCUGAUGCGUCUUGAUAACAUGCUGCUAGCAGAGGGUGUGUCUGGCCCAGAAAAAGGGGGAGGGUCUGCAGCUGUUGCUGCAGCAGCAGCAGCUCUUGGGGGCGGAGCCGAAAACUCCAUUGAACACUCUGACUACAGAGCGAAACUUGCCCAAAUCCGGCAAAUCUACCACACUGAGUUGGAGAAAUAUGAGCAGGCUUGUAAUGAGUUCACAACCCAUGUGAUGAACUUGUUGAGGGAGCAGUCUCGUACUCGACCCAUCUCGCCCAAAGAGAUUGAGUGCAUGGUGGGCAUCAUACACCGGAAGUUCAGUUCUAUCCAGAUGCAGUUGAAGCAGAGUACAUGCGAAGCUGUCAUGAUACUACGCUCCCGUUUCCUUGAUGCCAGAAGAAAAAGGCGCAAUUUCAGCAAGCAGGCAACAGAGGUCUUGAACGAGUAUUUCUACUCCCACCUCAGUAAUCCCUAUCCUACCGAAGAAGCCAAAGAGGAGCUGGCCAAAAAGUGCAGCAUCACUGUCUCACAGGGGAUGGGAAGCACCAUCACUGUGUCACAGGUUUCUAACUGGUUUGGGAACAAACGCAUUCGCUACAAGAAGAACAUCAGUAAAUUCCAGGAAGAGGCUAACCUGUACGCAGCUAAGACAGCCGUCACAGCUGCUCAAGCCGUAGCCGCUGCUGUGCAGAACAGCCAGGACAGCAGUUCACCAGCUACACCCAACCAUGGUUUCCAGUUGAAAGAUGAAGAAUUUCAACUGGAUACCACAGAAAGCAAAAACAAUUUGUUAACCAGCAUGUUCACAGCUUCAUCAGGAUCUUUUAGCUUGUCAAGUUCAGGAGACAUGUUCAUGAGCAUGCCCAGUUUGAAUGGAGGCUCCUACCAACGCAUGCAGCCCAACAACACUGGACAGCCAGAGGGGGAAAACAUACAUGGCAUUGGUCAGGCGGCAGGCUACAGUGAAGCUCUGCGGGGUCAUCCUCUCUAUAGUCCUAAUGGUUUGAAUCCGCCCCUCCUUGAAGAUUGGCUGGCUAGUGGCCCAAAGGGUAAUGGUGGAUGGCAUGAAGCAGCUACUCCUUCCUCAGUGACCUCUCCUGCAGAAGCAGCAGGCAGCAUUCAUUCUGAUACUUCCAACUGAUCUGGCCUUCUCCAUUCUUAAUGCAGCCACCCUCAUCAAAAUGCCUGCUGAUGGAGCACCAACAGCGUUUAAGAUGUCGCAUUCAGACCACGUCUUCUGCAAGAACCUUACCCAGUGACAGCUGCCUAUGGAAGGUUUUUUGGUAGACAUCCAAACAUAUACUGUUAGAAAAGCUCCAGUGGUUUUAAAUCAACGUUUACAGUCAUACAAUUGUGAAGAUUUCACUCAGUUCUCCUGCCAAUUAGCCAGAAGUCCAAACCCUGGAAGUAUAAACUGAUAGCUGUUGGUGGAACAUCAGCUACAGCUUCUUCACCCGGAUCUAUAAUUAUACAUUGAUUGUAAUAGGUGACAAGUAAUUAGAUUGGUUUCUAGUUCAUUUUUAUGAAGCCAGGACAUUUCCGAGGCAUCUCUUCUGUUUGGUAUAUCUGCAGUGUUUGCUAGACUAAGAAAAUAAUGUCAAGACCUUCCAUUAAUGAUCAUUGAAAAGGCACUUGCUUUUAUUCCCAUCUUUAAAAUAUUUCUUGUAUGUAUGAAGUAUCAUUGAUGUGAUUUGACUAAAAUCAUACAUAACAAAUUCAGAUUAUUUCUACAUUCCCAAACAUAUAACAGUGAUAUCAUUAACAUGGAGCUCACUUAGUGCUCACCAACUACCUCUUAGCAUUAUAGCUCAUUGUUCUUUCCAGCGUUUUGCAACAUGCAGCACUUAAGGAGAGUUUACAUGUGCUAUGUGUCCAAAAGUUUGUAGACCAUUCCAUGUUUCUUCUGAAAUCAAAGGUGAUGAUAAGGAGUUUGCUCCCCCUUUGCUGCAGUAAAAGCCUCUUCCCUUCUGGGAAGGCUUUACACUAGAUGUUGGAACGUUGCUGUGAGGAUUUGAUUACAUUCAACCCCAAGAGCAAUAGUGAGGUCAGAUGCUGAUGUUG